UUUUUUCUUUCUUUCUUUUCUUCUUUCUUUCUUUCUUUCUUACUUUCUUGUCUAAACUUAUUCAGAUUCUCCCCUGUUUUAUACAAGAUGACUUUCGCCGCCCCUACCAACUUGGUUCCUGCUCAGGAAAACUUGGCUGCCUCUGCCACAUCAGAGGUUCCUGCAGUCGCCUCAUUCAAUGUCAAGGCCGGCCUUGCUCAGAUGCUCAAGGGAGGUGUAAUCAUGGACGUUAUCAAUGUUGAGCAGGCACUUAUUGCUGAGGCUGCUGGUGCAUGCGCUGUCAUGGCUUUGGAGCGUGUCCCUGCUGACAUUCGCAAGAACGGUGGUGUGGCUCGUAUGUCCGAUCCCAAGAUGAUCCGUGAGAUCAUCAACGCCGUUUCCAUCCCUGUCAUGGCAAAAGUCCGUAUCGGUCACUUUGUCGAGGCUCAGAUCAUUGAGUCCCUUGGCGUUGACUACAUUGAUGAGUCCGAAGUCUUGACGCCCGCUGAUGAGGCCAACCACAUCAACAAGCAUGAGCACAAAGUACCUUUCGUCUGCGGCGCCAAGAACCUGGGUGAGGCUCUCCGCCGUAUCAACGAAGGCGCUGCUAUGAUUCGAACCAAAGGAGAGGCCGGUACCGGCAACGUUGUCGAGGCUGUCCGCCACUGCCGCACUGUCAAGGCCGAUAUCCGUAAGGCUCAGUUGAUGGAUGACUCGGAGUUGUUCACCUAUGCUAAGGAAAUCCAGGCUCCUUAUCAUUUGCUCAAGGAAACUGCAAAGUUGGGUCGCUUACCUGUUGUCAACUUUGCUGCUGGUGGUAUAGCGACUCCCGCUGAUGCUGCUUUGAUGAUGCAACUCGGAUGCGAUGGUGUCUUUGUUGGAUCUGGAAUCUUCAAGUCAGACGAUCCGGCUAAGCGUGCCCGUGCCAUUGUUCAGGCUGUCACCCACUACAAAGACCCUAAGGUCCUUGCUGAGGUCUCGGAAGAUCUCGGUGAAGCAAUGGUCGGUAUCAACAUCUCGGAAAUCCCUGAGGAUCAACUGUACGCCAAGCGAGGCUGGUAAAAUAGACCUUCACUUUAAUAGAUGGGAAGGCCUGCUCCUAAAUGGAUGAAGGAGCAAAAAAAGACGACGCGUCC